AUGAUCCCAUCUCCAAACAUCUGUCUUGACGACUAUGCCGUCUCCCCAGACCAUGGAUUCCUCCCCAAUGGUCUGCCUUUGUCAAGGCUCACUCAUUCCUACUACCACCCAUGGGAAACGCUGGCCUCCCAGCUCCCAUCUCUCAUCAAGAACGGCCAGAUCAGAUCGAUGAUUGAUAACCUUCCCAUCCUCACAACAUCAUGGUUGCGAUCUGAACCAGAGUGGCGCCGCGCAUAUUCCAUUCUGGGAUUCCUGACGCACGCAUACAUCUGGGGAGGCGAGAAGCCCAAAGAUAUCCUCCCUCCCUGCAUCUCCAAACCACUCAUGGAGAUUUCAUCUCGUCUCGGCCUGCCCCCCUGCGCAACAUAUGCAGCCCUCACCCUGUGGAACUUCACCACAGCCCCAGAAGCAGACCUCACCGACCCAGACAACGUCUCCCUGCUUACCUCAUUUACCGGAACAAAAGACGAAGAAUGGUUCAUGGUCAUCUCCGUCGCCAUCGAAGCCAAAGGCGCCCGUCUCCUCUCUCUCAUGCUGGACGCAAUCGCCGCUGCAACGGUCCACGAUAUCCAACGUCUGACUGCCCUGCUCUACAGCUUCAGCGAUGGCCUUCGGGACCUCACCACUACUCUUAACCGUAUGUAUGAGAAGAAUGACCCGAACGUCUUCUUUUACGUGCUGCGGCCUUUCCUCGCUGGAAGCAAGAAUAUGACCGCGGCUGGGCUGCCAGAUGGGGUCUUCUAUGAUGUUGGUGAGGGCCAGGGAAAAUGGCAUCAGUACAGUGGUGGUAGCAAUGCGCAAAGCUCGUUGAUUCAAACGUUUGAUAUCUUCCUUGGCGUGAACCAUUCGGCGACGGGGGAUAUUAAGCCUGGUACUGGAUAUAUCCAGGAAAUGCGAAACUACAUGCCUGCCUCUCACAGGCACUUCCUCGAGAAACUCUCUGACCUCUCCAACAUCCGCGCCUACGUGACUUCCGCGCAGGAUGCGCCCGAGCUGAAGGAAGCAUAUAAUGCAGCAGUGAUGACACUCAGUUCAUUCAGAGAUGCGCAUAUCCAGAUCGUCACGCGGUACAUUGUCAUGCCGGCGCGAAGUGGUCUUCCGGCAGAGCACACGAGCGACAAGGUCAAUCUCGCUACGGCGAGUUCUCAAAUUGACGGGCUGCAGGAUAAUAAGCCUUCGGGUCUGUAUGGGACCGGUGGGACUAGUUUGAUUCCGUUUUUGAAGCAGACUAGGGAUACCACGAAGAAUGCUGCUUGCUAG